AUGCUUCAAUUAACUUUACUUAACGAACACUGGGGCAUAGCACCACUAAGAAACAACGAACCAUCUAAGAGAGAGAAGAGGUCUCUAGACUUUAUAGGCUCAGGAUUAUCAUGGUGUUGCGGAGUGGCAACAUUGCAAAAACUAAAUAUGGUCGAAAACUCAGAUGACGAGAUCAGGAAAAGGCUAGUUCAAGACUAUGAGAAAUUAGUCGCAGCAACGUUCUCGGACACGGAGCUAAGGAUAAAGAGCAUAGAGAGGUUCACUAAACAACUGGAAAAUAAGGUGGCAAACACGACAAACGAACAGGAAUUACUAAUAAUGACAAACCUCUAUAACGGAUAUCUAAACCUAAAAAGGAUGGUAUUACUAGUAAGGACUCUCAGGAGACAAGCUAUCGUAAAUUCAUGUAGACACCAUAAAAUACCGGCGGAAAUUGUCAACCCGCAAGUCCUAAAAAGGGAUCUGGAGGAUUUCGAGUCAAAAAUCGCAAAUUCAGAACAAGGACUGGCCAUCCCUACAUCUGAACUAGCAGCAUACUUCGAAAUGCCCAUAUGUGACUGUUCCUUUACAAAAUCAAGUAUAUAUGUUCACAUAAAAAUUCCAAUAAUUAAGAAAAACAGAAAUUGGCAACUUCUAGAGUUAAUAACCACACCCUUUGCUUGGUAUAACCAGACCUGUAUUAUACGCCACCAACCGCUAUACAUUGCAGUGUCCAAAAACGGAAAUAACGAGGGCGACUUAAGACAAAUAUCGGGGACAGGCCUACAUGAAUGUAAGCCAUACCAAAAUAAAUUAUGCUAUUUACCCAGAUUCUCAGCAGACAUCCUACAAGAGCCUGAAUGUGCGAAAAUCCUAUAUCAAGGGGCAACAGUAAAAGAAUUAAGCCAGUACUGCCCAAUGGACUGCCACUCAGCAACAUCGAUGACAAUAUCCGAAAUUAAAGACGAAACUUAUGUUAUUACCCAUCCGAAACAGGACAUGACCAUCUCUUGUGAUAAAAGACGCUAUGGGCAACGCGUUACGGUCAAUGGAGAUCGGUAUCGCGCCAUGAUUAAUGAUUUCCUGUGGCCUCAACUGGACGAUAUGGAUCUAACAGACAUCUGGUUCCAGCAGGAUGGCGCUACGUGCCACACCGCACGCGCAACGCUAGAUUUACUGCAUGAAAAGUUCAACGGUUUCAUUAUUUCGCGCGGCGGCGAUGUGCACUGGCCACCAAGAUCGUGCGAUAAAACGCCUUUAGACUUUUUCCUGUGGGGCUACGUGAAGUCUCAAGUGUAUGCGGAUAAGCCAGAAACAAUUGCAGCAUUAAGGGCCAACAUCAUUCGCGUCCUCGGACAGGUAGACGCUGAAAUGUGCGGAAAAGUGCUCAAAAAUUGGACCAUGCGAAUGCACGCUGUACAGCGCAGUCGCGGUGGCCAUUUAAACGAUAUAAUCUUCCAUACAUAA